UGACAAUGAGCCAUAACUGUUGUCACGUGACAAAACACAAGAUGGCGGCAGAAAUUAAGGCUAGUAAACAAGCAGCAGUUCGAAAGCCUGUGCUUGUUAAUAAAAUAGAAGCAAGCAAUGAGUCGAUUAACAUGGCAGUCCUUAUCCCGAAGAAGGAUGUGAUAAUUAGCGUGAGCGAUGACAAGACAGUUCGAGUGUGGCAAAAGAGAGAUUCUGGACAAUACUGGCCAAGUAUUUAUCAUGCUGUUUCUUCAGAACCCUCAUGUUUAGACUACAACUCAGAAACAUUAAAACUUUUUGUUGGCAUGGACAAUGGAACAAUUUCAGAAUAUUCCAUGGAGGAAGAUUUCAAUCGCAUGACACAUCGUCGAGACUACAUAGCACACCAGGGUCAGCUUACAAGUGUUAAAUUUUCAGUAGCUUGUGAAUGGGUUCUCAGCUGUGGAAAAGACAAAUACUUUCAGUGGCAUUGCUCUGAGACAGGCCGGCGUCUGGGAGGUUUUCAAGCCAAUGCAUGGUGCUUAUGCAUGGAAUUUGAUGAGCAGUCAAAAUAUGCCUUUGUUGGAGAUUAUUCUGGUCAGAUAUCGGUUUUAAAGAUAAAGGAUACAACAUUUGAACUAAUUACUACUUUAAGGGGUCAUUCAGGUAGUGUGAGGUGCCUUGCUUGGGAUAUAGAGCGGAAGCUUCUUUUCUCUGGCAGUUUUGACCAGUCCAUAAUUGUCUGGGACAUUGGAGGGCGACAAGGCACUGCCUACGAACUUCAGGGGCACAAGGACAAAGUCCAAGGUCUGGCUUAUGUGCAUGCCAGUAAACAGCUGAUUUCUGCUUCUGAUGAUUGUAUUCUAGGAAUGUGGAACAUGGAUGUCAAACGUAUAGAGACACCAGAAUGGAUUGAAGGAGAUGCUUGUACUAAGUGUGAUGCCCCCUUUUUCUGGAAUUUCCGAAAGAUGUGGGAUGAGAAAACAAUUGGAAAUAGACAGCAUCAUUGUCGCAAGUGUGGAAAAGUUUUUUGCAACAAGUGCAGUAAUAAGCGGUCAACUAUUCCUCCCAUGGGUUUUGAGAUUGAGGUUCGAGUCUGCGAUGAAUGUCAUUCUACCAUCACAGAAGAAGACAAAUCACCCCUGGCAACUUUCCAUGAUACACGACACAGUAUUACAUACAUAAGCUUGGAUGACACACGGAAUGUGCUGCUUACUGUUGGGAAAGACCGGGUGAUGAAGCUGUGGGAUAUCAGCAGUUUAGUUUAGCGAAAAAGACAUCUUUGGAACAGACUGGGAAAUCCUUGCAUGCUUUUCUUCAACACUGUUUUCUUCAACACACAUCCAAGUUUCUUUACUCAGAACAAAAUCAUGUGAUCAAAACAAUGAUGGUAAAGUUAUUCUUUACAACCUACAGCCUCAGAAAAAGGAAAAAGACCCAAACCUUGAAGAUCAUAUGGGUUUCAGCUACGUAGCAGUUUAAUGGCUUUGCGUGGUUACUCUUUUGACAGUGUAUUGUGAAGUGUUUUAUCUUUUAAUGAGCCCUGCUUUUGAUAGAUAUUUAAGUUGGAGGAUUUACCUUAAAACUUGCCUACAAAUGCUAGACAACAAAGGUAGUGGUUAUUAAUGGAACUAAAGUGGAAGCUCAUUUCUUGAUGGAGAGAAAAAACUGCUACAUAUCCACAAAAUGACACCAAUAUACAAAUUACAGAUGCUUAUGGGGAUGCCUAAAUGAUACUUUUGAGAAACCUAGCUUUCAAACUUAACCAAGAUUCGUGAGACUUUUUGAACAGCUGUUCAAAUCUGGGAGGACGAGUAAUAAGAUAGUUGUGAAUGAUUUUCUAGUGAUGAGCAGAAUACGUGAUGGAUGCUGUUUUUGCUUUGACUAAACUUGUUGCUUAUCAUUGUUAGAUACUAUAUUAUAUAAAAGCCAAUUCAAGAGAACAACAUAUUAAAUAUCUAAUAAUGAUAAGCGACAAGAUAUGUUGUUCUCUUGAAUUGACUUUUAUGUAUGUGUGCAUCAACAUUUUCAAUGACAUAUUUGACAGCUAGUGUCAUUAAUCACAGGUAAACCAGUACAGUUCACACUAAAUUCAUUACCUAUGUCAUAUAAUACAUUUCUCAGCUGGCACAAAGUAUUUUCAGCAAAAUCCAGAUUUCGACUUAAACACACUCACUGUCUCUCGCACACACAGAGUUAACACAAAGAAAGUGUGCCAUGACAAGUGUCAUGUUCCCUAUCAAAAAUGCAUGGAAUAUGCAAAGUCAAAAGUAAACUUUGCACUUCUGCAAUCAUCUUUACAUGGAGUUGAUCAUCUUAGCAUUCUGUCAUGAUAAAACUAAUAAAAUCUUACCUCAGCUGCUUGUGGCUUGGUUAUUCUUGUUAGAAUGAUAAUCUUUUGCCAUCUUCUGUCAAUGCAGAUUUUUUGGCAUUUUUGACUUUGCCACAAGUGUUGUGGACUUGGAUCAGCGAAUAGCACAUGAUAGUGUUGUCUUUGUAGCUUUUAUUUGAAAGAUAAUUAUAUUUUCAUUGAGUAGUUUAUUGAAUAUUGUUACCAUUAACCAGCCAAUUUUUCUUGGUUUUCUCAUUGAUUUAGUCAGCUUUGAGAAAAACCAACUCACAGGGUGGUUUUAAAUCUGUGAAUGUGGCAUUGUGACUUCCGUUAAUACUUUGAAUAAGAGUUACAAGCUUGCUGACACUGCUUCUAUAUUGUUAAUAAGUGUGACAGUUAUUAAACUGGUCUGUUGUCAAUGUCAAUACUUCUUCCAAAUAAAUGGGUGACCUUUAGAGAUGUUCAUGCAUCUAUGAAGCAAAGAUUCUUCAGGAUUUGAACCAAACUGUCCUGCAGUUCACAGAAAGAAUAUUCUGAUCCCUCUGACAUUCAUUUUGUUGUUGAUGCUGACUGUAACAAAGUGUUUCAACUGUUUUGUAAAAUCAGCUAAUCUUUUUAGGCUGUGUUGAAUGAAAUGGUGAAGACAUUGUUUUGUGCAGCUUGUAUAACAUAAACAAUUUUCAUGAAAGACAACUUUGAUGGAAAUUUAUGUCAGUGUACACCUGCCAUUCAAAUUUUAUGUCUGCCUCUUAAGUGCAUGAGUCAGGAUGAAGUGCUGUUUGAGGAUUGUGCAUGGUUGUAUGAAGGGCAACAAAGCAUCCUGUAAAUGUUGUCUGGCAAUUUGUUGACCCCCUAUGGAGAAUUAUUUAACUGUUCUUUGGUGAAGCCUUCCUGGUGUCAUAUUUGUAUAUACUUUUUGUGUUUGUCUUUACAACAAAAAUUUACAAAGAAACAAGAAGUAUUGCUUGAGUGAAAUAGAACCCACAAAACUCUUGCACACAAACUUUGUUUUGUUCACUUUUUCUCUCUCACACACACACACUUGCAACUCCCGUUUAUGCAGAUUCCUUCACAAUGCAUAUUCCAGUGAUUUUGUUCCAGAAGCAUUUUGUAGUAUUCUUUUAUGAUUGUAAUGUAGCAUUUAAGAGUGUUCUUAAUAUGUGUGAAAAAAAGGGCAGACAUACUGAAGUCUUUCUUACUCAGUUUCAAAAUGUGUUAAAAGAAAUUGUUUGUGGAAAUGCUCUAAAAUGUGUUAAGUGCAAGUGUAAAUAUGAGGUAUGCAUGUCAUUUUAAUUCACUGUGCAAAUUCUUUGUUUUUUCAUAUUAUUUUGCCAUGAUGGUUAUAAUUGUAUACUCAAAUUUUUGUGCAAAAAUGUUUUGUCAUUCCAAAGCAGUUUUGAAUGCUCAUUUUAAUUGUUUUUUGACAUGUAAAUAUAACUUGGGAAGCUACCCAUAAUCCAGUGAUGUAUAUAUAAAAAGGAAACUAUGGUGUCUUAGAUAACAAUUCUUUGUACAUGCUUCAUCAGUGUUUUAGAGGAACACCACCGACCUAUAGAAAGUGAAACGCUAUCAGUUGAUCUACCUGUAUUUAAGAAAUGAAAGAAACUGAAGAUUAUAUUUAUGGUUAGGAGUCCAUAAGAUCUGAAAGCAACAAUGGUGAUUACACUUUUUAAAAUGAUGUCUCGAAACACUUUUUUAAUUAUUAGUGACCAUCAUAAAACUGGAUUAUGUUUGCAUGUGCGUAAAAUAUAAAGGGUUUAUUAUUUUUUUUAUCAGGUUUAACCUUACAUCGAAUAGUCGCAUGCAAACAGUAAAAUGCUUCUUGAGUCAAAGGUCUGAGCAUGACUUAUUGCCUGAGCCCAGCAAAAAGUAUUCAUUACUCGAAUCUUCAUAUAAGCUAGAAAAUAAUUUGUCGAGUUUUGACCUAGCUUGCAGGAAUGCUAGGAUGAGCAGAGUUGACUAGGCUGAGUCUGUUGUGAUGGACUAAUGACAAAACAUUUUUGGACACAUGCAUGGGACUGUGGAACUGUGCUUGUGUUAUCUGACCAGCAUGACAUUAUCUGUACAUAGCAUGUAUAUAUGCAUAAACUUUCAGACAAAAUGUGACUGGAACAGAAAACGUCAAUUUUGGUGUGAUAUGAAAUGUCUGUUUUAAAAAUACUUACUUUAAAAAAAAACUAUGAAAGUGUGUGGUUUGUCAAGGGCACUCACUGGCCUGGUGUUAUAAUCUUUGGCCCUCUCAGUUUUCUAUUCUGGGAGCAAAAGAGAGAAUUGUUUGUGGAGGAACCCAUGCUGUGGGUAGACCUUAUUGCAUGACUCUUGAUGAAUGAAUCAGAGGGACCUUGUCACUAAAUGGCAGAGACUUGAUGAUGCCAGAUACAUAGAAAAUCGCUGGAUUUCUUCAAAAAAAGAGAACGCAUUGGUUUAAAAAGUAACUAAAGCUUCAGUGAGAACUUAAAGCACAAGAGUGAAAACAAUGAAGUCAAUUUUUGGGUAGAAAUUAAUAUACAGGAUUACGAAGUGUGAAUGGCAGUUUGUGAGUCCCUGAGUCAUGUUUCUAGAAUCUUGUUUAAGGCAUAGGCAAGAGGUUUCUGGAAUCUGGUUUUUAUGGGCAGAGGCAAAAAUAAAUGAAACCAUGCAAGAACCUGC